CUGGAUGUACAAGCGGAAGAGACUUUCCGUAUUUCAGACUCAGCAAAAUGAAAUGUCUGCUCCUGUGUAACUGCUAAUAAUAACGAAAUCUGCCGUGCUUCUGAAUUAAAACCUCGGUGUGAUUGUGGUUAUGGUUCUGAAAGCAUGAUAAGAUGAAGAUACACGACGAUGCUAACUGUGUUACAUCUGUCCAUAUCAAGCUAGCUGAAGCUAACGGUUAGCUGCUGUUGUUUUUAUGAAGAAUGAGAGCUAGCUACGAGCGGAAAGAUGAUUAAAAGAGGAGAAAGGUGUGACGUGAACAUGGAGGCCCUGAGAAUGGUCACAGCUGGCUGAAGUACACCUGCUGACCCAGCAGGUUCCUUCCAGGUUGAAAGAGAAAGGAGGAGCUAUGAAAGAAGAGGCAGGAAGGGCAGAGUGUGGAGGCGAGGCCCUGUUCAAGGACCAGGACUUCCCCUCUGAUGACACGUCCCUGUUCUCUGACAGCUCCACACCCAUCGCCAGGCUGCAGGGAGAGAUCACCUGGAGACGCCCACAGGAGAUCUGCCAGUUGCCAGCUCUCUUUCCUGACAACAUCAACCUGGGUCAUGCGAAACAAGGCUUAUUAGGAGACUGCUGGUUUCUCUGUGCCUGCACCUUCCUGCUCAAGAGCAAACAUCUACUUAACAAGGUGUUGCCUCCAGACCAGCCCCAGUGGGGUGACAGCAGGUACAGGGGCUCCUUCCAGUUUCGUUUUUGGCAGCAGGGCCACUGGACAGAGGUAACCAUUGAUGACCGCCUGCCCUGUAUCAAUUCCACUCCCUGCUUCUCACGUUGCCACUCCCCCACUGCCUUUUGGGUAGCCCUGUUGGAGAAGGCCUAUGCCAAGCUUCAUGGCUCAUAUGAGAGACUUUGGGCAGGGCAGGUGUCCGAGGCACUGGUGGAUCUAACCGGGGGCCUGGCGGAGCGUUGGAGCUUGGGAGAAUCAGAAGAGGAGCAGAAACCAGAGCAGGACAGUGACCAGGUCAGGAGGAGAAGGCUGGACCUGGACCUUCUGUAUGCUGUGAAAGAUGAGUGUGCGCUCAGCUGCUCCACUCACAGCAGCCCUGGAGAUGCCAGUGAGCUGAGUCAGUACCAUGCUCUGACUAUCAUGGAGUGGCUGGAUGUGAAGACGGCAUCAGGGAGCAAUGUACGGCUGCUCAGGAUCAGAAACCCCUGGGGAAGAUGCUGUUGGGGAGGGGCCUGGACUGGGAGUGGUGCCGGCUGGAGUUCUGUGGACCCUGCUUCUGCUUUGGACCUACAAGCCAGGGUGGCCGAGGGCGAGUUCUGGUUGGAUGAGACUGAAUUCUUAUCCCAGUUUGAUGAUGUCACAGUGGGCUACCCCAUUAGUGAUGAGGGGCACUUAAAAAGCAUUUACACCGGACAACUGCUGACACACAACCAUCAGCUGGCUGGCCGUUGGACGAAAGGGCACUCCGCGGGCGGCAGUCGAAACAGCAGCAGCUACAGCUGCAACCCAAAAUUUUGGCUCAAAGUGUGUGAGACAGGAGAGGUGCUGGUUUCCCUGCUGCAGCAUAGAAAAUGGAGAAACACAGAAAAAUACGCACAAACGCCGCUUGAGGAUAGCGCGAACACAACACACCAGCACUACCAGGCUAUUGCUCUACAUAUGUGGAAGGUUGAGAAAAGGCGUUUUAAUCUGAGCCGGAUGUUGAACAAACCUCCUUGUGCUUCUACUCACUGCCACGCCUAUGAGAGAGAGGUAGUUCUCCACGGGGAGCUGGAGCCUGGAUACUACCUGCUGAUCCCCAGCACCUACCAGCCAGGAGCUGAGGCCCGCUUUCUCAUCAGGGCCUUUUCCUCCUCUCCAACAUCCCUCAGUGCCCUGAAAAGCCCAGCACCUUCACUGCCAUUGACAACAGAUGGAGAGUGGGAGACCAGUUACUUUCGGGGCUCGUGGGUGGAGGGAAGCACAGCUGGAGGAGGCAGGAACUUCCUGUCUCACUGGCAGAACCCGUGCUUCCCUUUUACACUGAGUGAUGAUUCAGCAGUGACAUCAGGAGUGAAUGUCAGGAUUACCCUGCACCAGAGCCGCCCUGACACCGCCCUGCACCCUAUUGGCUUCCACAUUUAUAAGUUCCCAAAAGGGGAAUCAGAGCAGUUGUUACCCAGAGACGAGGAUCCUGCAGCCAGCUGUGUCCCUCACUGCUAUACUCAGGAUGUCAGCCUGUCCUGCUGUCUGUCUCCUGGAGCUUACACCAUAGUGCCAUCCACCUAUCAGCCCGACUGCUCAGCAAACUUCAUCCUCAGUCUAGCUCGCAGAAUCCACAGAAAAGUGGUGAAAAGCCAGGAGACGCUGGGAAGAACCAUUCAGGAGAUCUCUCACAUCUCUGUGAUGCAAAGCUAGUUCUCUGGGACUGUUGCUGCUCGACUGACGUCGGCUCACCUCCCGGUGCCUCUUGGCCCAUGAUGAAAGAACCAGUUCUCCCAUCCACCCUCACCAUGGAGGCUGUGUGUAUGUAUGUGUACCACCAGUGGCUGAGAAGGCAGGCAGGCAUAUUUAGUGGGAAUGUGUGUGUGUUGGGAAUACUGGAAACCCCUUUAUCCUGAGCCGCUGAGGCUCAGGGCUGAUGGGCAGCCACACACUCAUCGGCUAUUAGGACAUCAGAGGUUGUCGGUGGGCUGGGCUGCUAAUGAAGUAUGACGGGACUGGCUGGUGUAAACAAACAGCCGCCAUUGAAGAGGGCCGCUGCUGCUCUUGCUCAUUCACUCACUGGUGCGCCUGCCGGCCCGGAACAAAGGGCCUUCUCAUGAAGGUCCUCACAGAGGCACAGGGGGCAAGGGGCGAGGGGAUGGUCUCCGACAGCAGAGCCAACCAAACCACACCACACCAUACCGUGCCAUACCAUGCCAGAGCUUUCUUCCCAUCCCUUACCCCCCGACACUUUGCUCCUUACUUAAGUUGCAGUGUUGUCUCCAGACUUUGGGUUUUUACACUCCCUCAUCCCCAAACAUGCUCACCAUACGGACUAACACUGAAGUCAGGCCAGAACUAAAGAAGCUCACUGUGUUCCUGACUCCAUCCUUUUCCCCCCGAGCUCCCUUUUUGUCCCUCCAGACUCGGUCCACAGCUCGGCCUGGACCUGAACAGAGCCAUAGUUUGAAGUUGCCGCUAGACCAGAUGACAAGCGAGCGGAUGGAAAGGACGAAACGAGGGAUGCGGCACAUCAGAGGAGGCUGGUUCAUAUGAAGAAGCCGCCAGUCCUUUUUGUGUCGAGGCUGUGUGCUGGUGUGUGCGUAUGCUUGUUGGAAGCCAUGUCUGUGUACCGAAGUCACAGAUUUUCUAUUAUUUAUUGGAGCCAAUGUAACAUAGACUUUCAAAAUCUCUAAUUAACUUAUUAGAGUGGUACUUGGUUGUGUAUUUAUUAUGUUUGGGAGUGAG